AUUCUGUCGCAAUCACUAUCAAUCAAGCAUCCGCUCAUUGCCUUGACCAGCCUCGCAACCCAACAAUAACAACCACCACCUAUACCCCACUGCCGCCGUGCGCGCAGCCGUCGCAAUGCAUCGCACAUAUUCCAUGCGCGCCACGAGGGCGCCGACUGCCUCCCAGAUCCAGAACCCCCCGCCACCCCCUUCGAGCACCAAGGCGCACCGCUUUUUUGGCAGAGGCGGAAUCGGACAUGCCCUGCGACGCAACACUGCGGGCGCCUUCGGGCCCGAACUGGCCAAGAAGCUGUCUCAGCUCGUCAAGAUGGAGAAGAACGUGAUGCGAAGCCUGGAAACAGUCGCCAAGGAGCGAAUGGAAGUUGCUCAACAACUUUCCCUCUGGGGCGAGGGCGGCGACGAAGACGUCUCGGAUGUCACAGACAAACUGGGUGUUCUGCUCUACGAAAUCGGCGAGCUCGAGGACCAGUAUGUCGACCGGUACGACCAAUAUCGUGUCACCAUCAAGAGUAUUAGAAAUAUCGAGGCCUCAGUGCAGCCCAGCAGAGACAGAAAGCAAAAGAUCACGGAUCAGAUUGCCCAACUCAAAUAUAAGGAGCCCAAUUCGCCUAGGAUUGUCGUCCUCGAGCAGGAGCUCGUCCGAGCAGAGGCCGAGUCCCUGGUGGCCGAGGCACAGCUAUCCAACAUUACGCGUGAGAAGAUCAAGGCGGCCUAUACCUACCAGUUCGAUGCGUUGCGCGAACACUGCGAGAAGGUGGCCAUUAUUGCCGGGUUCGGGAAGCACCUUUUGGAGCUCAUUGACGAUACCCCUGUGACACCGGGCGAGACGCGCGCGGCCUACGAUGGCUACGAAGCCAGCAAAGCCAUCAUCCAGGACUGCGAGGACUCUCUGACCAACUGGGUGACGCAAAAUGCCGCCGUCUCGGCCAAGCUGUCGACGCGCGCUCGGACGCUCUCUCAACGCCGCCGCAACAACAUCAAGGCACGCACCGAAGGCCAUGAUCUGUCAGGACAGGACGCCCCGCUUAACGAUCGGGACUCGUGGGUCCAGGCCGGGCAGCACAAGGACGAAUAUGAGGACGAGGACGAAGAUGACAUUGACGCGCCGAGUCAUUCGAUCCUAGACAGCGAGACGGGGUUGAACGGCGAGAACCGCGGCCGCAACCAAGACCCGAUCCUUGCCUAGGACUUGAUUAACGUCUUUUGCUCUAUUCUUUACUAAACUACGUCGACAACGUUCCCUUUGCGGGAGGAAGAUGAAAACGACUAGCCUGUGCCCUAUAGGAAUUAUGGUUUGCAGCUCUAUUUAGCGGGCAGGGUUGAAGAAAAGGGUAGUUUCAGCGCCGGUUUCGCAUUAUAAUUGGUAAUGAGGCGUGGAGGAUUCCAUCGGCUGGGAGGUGGACCUGGCUCCUAGCAAUCGGCAAUGAGGAAUAUCAUAUUGAUGAUUAAGUAACAUGCUCUUCGUGUACUACUAAAGAUCAGCUCUUUUUGCUUUACGCGCGCCCGUGGCUUGUUGCCUUUCAGGUGGACUUGCUCCUUUGCAAGUUAAUACUUCUCACAGGGGCUCAAUUCCUGGCACUAGUGUUAACGUAGUUUUCGUGAAUUACAACGUUCUCGCUAUUUUUGGGCUUACAUAUACGUUUAUCACGAGAAAGGGGCAAGAGUCACGA